UCUCUGCUUUCUCAAGAACAGUGCUACGAAUCAUCUCUGGGUCCGAUGGAAUUUGCUUCAGUUAGCUAUUGGAUUUCAUGGUCCAAGUGAAGAAUUGAUCGAUAUUUCUCGUCUAAUUUCUGCACAUUUCGCUUCACUUAAGUUUCUCUACUUCUAAAUUGAUCAUUGGUUUGUGGAUGAGUGAUGUUGGAAUCAAGACGUUGAAAGUUCCAUUAAGGUAGUGAAUUGAGUUGAUUAGGGUUUUCGAAAAGUAUGGGUAGAUUCACCAUCACUUUACCAGAGGACGUUAUUUGCCACAUCGUGUCCUUCGCUUCGGCAAAGGCGGCUGUGCGCAUACAGUUGCUCUCAAAGAACCUGCGCAAUCGAAUUCACAUCAUACCGAAUCUUGAAUUCAAACCCAAGUCAAAGAUUCACAGAAGAUUCGAGGAUUUCGUUGCUGGAUUAUUGGCUAUACCUGCCACUCACCGUCUUAAAAGAUUCUCUCUGAAAUUGCCACAUGUGAGUAUGUAUCCGUACGAUAAUGUCAAUGAUUGUUUACGCAAUGUUUUGAAGCGCGGUGUCUUGGAUCUUGAAUUGGACAUCUAUGUCUAUCCACUGCCUUUUGAGGUGUUCACUUGCAAGAGCAUCGUGACACUGAAACUAGGGUCUGGUUUUAUUAUUGACAUUAUCCAUGAGAAUGCUUCGCUUCCAGCUCUUAAGACUCUCAUUCUUAAAUCAGUCCGGUUCGAUGGUCUUGAUGAUGGUUCUGUGUUCCAAAGGCUUCUAUCUGCUUGUCCUGUUCUUGAGGAGUUAGUCAUAGAUGGCCGUAGCAAUGAUCAAUGGAAUUGGUGUCGCAUUGUGUCUAGUCAGAUCCUUAAGAGACUUACUAUUCGGCGUGAAGGAAUGUACGAAUAUAAUGCCAAUGAUUCUGAGCCUAUUAGUUUUGAUAUUCCGAGUCUCGAAUACUUGGAAUACUGUGAUGUUCUUCGAGAUGAGUAUCCAGUUGUUAACUUUAACUCCCUUGUUGAAGCUAAGCUCGGAUUUCCUGCUUUAUUGGAUGGGGAUACCUGCGAUCUUACAAAUCUGUUAAAGGGGUUAAAAAAUGUUCAGAUUCUGAGGUUAGCAUAUGUCGACACGAUGCUGGUGUUUGACGCCUUCGAGGAAGCAGUCCCGUUGUUUGAAAACCUGUUUCAUUUAGAAGUUCAAACGGAGCCAUAUUUCUGCUGGGAUGGUCUGGAUAUUCUUCUUGAGAAUUCUCCAAAUCUAAAGACACUCACCAUUGAGGGUACUUUGCACUAUGCUGAUCCAUUAUAUCAGGAGGAAUUGGAAUCAGUUUGCGAUUGCUUGUCGGGGUAUUCUUUCUUCAGAUGCUGCCAUAUUGAGACCCUAAGGAUAACAGAGUUCAAGGGAAAUACCGGAGAGAUGGUGCAAAUAAAGCAUGUCUUGCAGAAAUUGCCUUGUCUUGAGCUGUUGGAACUUGAUGUUCAAGAAGGAAUACAUGACAGAAAGCUCCACAUCAUGUCGGAUCUCCUAAUGCUUCCCAGAGCUUCUUCCAAAUGCAAAUUCCAGGUCAAUUUCUUCUGAAAAAACUCUAAUCUUGUUGCCUCAACAUGAACUUCCAUUUCUGAUCUAGAAACAAACGGGCUUCCUUUUUUUCUUCUUCUUUUUUUGGGUAUCUUUCAUAUCUGAUAUUAUUCUGAAUCGAACACAUCUUGGCGUUUUCGCCAUCUCUAACUGGUUGUUGUGUUGUUUUUUGGCCGGAGGGGAUUUAGUUGAGUUUUGUGGCAAGCAUUUGCUUUGAUGUCUUCUUUUACAACAUCUCUUAAUGACUUAAUCAACU